GAUCGAAAGCAUUGCAGUAUGAAGCUGGCCAUGGGACUGACAAUUGCUGAUAUUACUUUCACCCGGGUUCUUAAAGAAUCUGACUCUUCUACUAUUUUCCAAGUGACCGUUGAAGGGAAAACACGUGUCUUAAAGGUGUACCACACAACAGAGAGAUCUCACGCCGACCCUUCUAACCGUGAAAUUGAUGCCUUCACCUGCGAGAGCACUGCAUAUUGUCGUCUAAAAGAGAAAGGGCUAUGUCAACAAAGAGUGGUACCGGACUUUUACGGUGUGAUAAAACAGAUCGAUCCGAUAUCAUGCCAACCUUUUUUGAAGCCGUUUUUGAAGGAUAAGCUACUUCCUAAUGCUAUCCUUAUCGAAUACAUUCCGGAUCUGCAUGAAAUAGAUCUUUCAACGUUUUCAGACCACCGCAUUGCCACACUUCGUACAAUUCUGGAAAGCAUUCAUGGAGUAGGAAUUUAUCAUGGUGAUCCCUAUCCUCGAAACAUGAUGGUUCAGAAAUACUCAGAAAGGGUCCUCUGGAUAGAUUUUGAUCAUGCACAAACAUUCUCAGAGUCUGAAUGGAAAUGGCAGUGGAUGCAGGAUGAAAAAGAGAUGGUUGAUGAGUUCCUUGACGCCCUGACAAAAGAUUAUAAUGAUGGCAAGAUAUCGCGCACCUGGCCUUAUUAUUACACAUAUUUAUGAAUUCCCUUAAAAUUAUAGAGUAGCUACAAAUGAGUUAUCCGCUCGUUGAGUUCUCACGGGCACCUUUUGUUGUAGGUACAUUCAAUUCGAUUCAAAGUCAGUUAGCAUGGGGCUCCUGACUAAAGCAAUCUUUACACACGAAACAGAGUUACGCUUCCUUCCCGUUUGGAUACCACCUUGUUGCAAUGAGCAUAGGCACAAGAAGACUUGAACAAGGUACCAUUGAGCUUGCUUAUACAUUGGAAUAGAUAUACAUUGGAAUAGAAGCAAUCUCUAUUAUCAAAACUGAAUGAAAAGAGGAUGAAUCAAUCGUCCAGCGACCUGGUCUAUAGCU